UCAUCAUGGACAUCAUGGUAUUCAUGGUAGCAAUCGACAUAACGUACUUGGAUUGAAGAUCAUCCCGUAUUUCUUGCAACAUAGAGAUCGUUGUGCAAUGGCUGAUGAGCAGAUGCCAAAAAUUCACGAAGGGAAAAACUUUCGUAAAUUGUCGAUUGUGGAACAAGAGUACAUGCGGAUUAUAGAAGAGAAGAAUCUUGAGAGAGUAAACAGGUUGAAACGAAUGCGAAGAAACAAUAGAAUAACCGGUCUAUCGCUAGGGGCAAUGGUUUUAGGAAUAUACGGAUACUCCAUGUACGCAGUUCGCCAGGAAAAUUUUCUUGAUGAUUUUGAAGAGCCAGCAAAAACGACAGAACAGUAAUUAUCACGAAGACAACAAUAAUAUAGUAUUAGAUAUAUUCAUAGAUUGUUACGAUCUAACACUGAAAAAAUAUACAGAAAAUAAUAAGUUCACA